AUGUCAAUUAGAUCACAUGGAUUUGAAACUAGCCAAUCACAGCUGCCAUUUGAAUUCACCAGUGUGCUGGCCAAUCCAUCCAGCCAAUCAGAAGCUCUGAAGUGCUGCAGUGAAAGAAUUGCAGCCAUGUCAGUACACCAAACUCUCCAAGACUUAAAUGAUAAUGACAAGUCCAUUAUUUCUCUCAAAAGUGAUGAAGAGAUACCUCAACACAAGUGUGAAGAAUCUGUCAUAGCAACUCACACACUUAAUAGAGAGGAGCUUCUCAACCAUUUAGCUCACAUUUAUAGAAAUUAUUGCAACAUUGGCUCAGUCAAGACCAAUGACAGCAUCUAUCUCUGGUUCCAUUUGGCAAAUAGACCAGCUAGAGCUGAAGAUGCUUUAGAUAUUUACAAAUUCAAACAUCAGUCAAUUAUUCCUCUGAUUGCAAACAUGAGAAUGUUUAACUUUAACUGA